GAGGAGGUGCGCGCGCUGAGAUUGCCCUUGUGUCUCGAGCUGGAAAAGCGGCUUGGGUAGCGGAGCACUCUCCCUGCGAGCCGAGGUGAGAGAGAGCGAGCGAGCGCGUGCGAAGCUGUAAGGAAGACCAGGGCAAUUGCCGCCACCCCAUCUCGUUAGUCGGAUUGACCGGCGAAGAGGAAAAAGCAGCUCUUGUCACAUUGCAAGGAACGGAUAGACGGCUCCGCGAAAGAAAGGAGGUGUGCGUCUCUCUCUCUCUCUCUCUCUCUGUGUGUGUGUGUGGGGGUGCAAUUGUGCCCAUCCGGGAAAAAAAAAAAAAAAAGGACAGGGCUGGAGGACGAAUUGAUGGGAAGAGGAAAGCCGACCGACAGCACUUCUUCCCCGCUGCACACCCGCGCAAGCCUGGCUCUCGUGGUUAUCCGUUGGAUAGGUUGAGGGAGACACUGCGGCGGCGGCGGUUUUUGCCGAGGGAACGACGAGCCCGGUGAGAAGAGGAGGAAGAAGAAGAGGAGGAAGCUGCGGUGGGUAGCAGCAGCAGAAGCAGCAGCAGCCGCAGCCGCCGCGGGAUUCUCUUGCUUUCACGUCCAGCCAGCCGGAGGGAAACCUCCAGGAUGCGGCUGAAACCGAGCGUCGUCUUGCGCUUAUACAGCCUCUGCGGGAUCCUUAUACAAGUGGCUACUACAAAAAGCAAAGCUAAAGGCAGCCAAGGCCAGUUCCCACUCACACAGAACGUUACAGUUAUUGAGGGUGAAACAGCAACACUGACUUGUAGAGUUGAUCAAAAUGAUAACACCUCCCUCCAGUGGUCGAAUCCAGCUCAACAAACUUUGUACUUUGAUGACAAGAAAGCCUUGAGGGACAAUAGGAUUGAACUGCUUCGAGCUUCAUGGCAUGAAUUGACCAUUAGAGUCACCGAUGUUUCAUUGUCAGAUGAAGGGCAAUAUACCUGUUCUUUAUUUACUAUGCCUGUCAAGACAUCCAAGGCUUUUCUGACUGUUCUAGGUGUUCCAGAGACUCCUCAAAUUAGUGGAUUUAUUUCACCAAUUAUGGAAGGAGAUUGGAUGGAACUUACUUGCAAAACAUCUGGUAGUAAGCCAGCUGCAGAUAUUAGAUGGUUCAAAAAUGACAAAGAAGUGAAAGAUGUUAAAUAUUUAAAAGAAGAGGAUGCAAAUCGGAAAACAUUUACCGUUAGCAGCACAAUGAAUUACAGAGCAGAUCGUUCUGAUGAUGGUGCAGUUAUAAGUUGCAGAGUAGAUCAUGAAUCGUUGAACUCUACACCUCAGAUAGCAAUGCAAGUCCUAGAAAUACACUAUAUUCCUUCAGUUAAAAUAAUACCUUCCACACUGUGGCCAGAAGAAGGACUAUCUAUAACUUUGAUUUGUGAAUCCAAAGGAAAGCCAUUACCAGAUCCUGUAUUAUGGACAAAGGAUGGUGGAGAAUUACCAGAUCCAGAAAGAAUGGUUAUCAAUGGUAGGGAGCUACACAUUAAUCCCCUAAAUAGAACGGACAAUGGUACUUACAGAUGUGAAGCAGAAAACUCUAUUGGCCUAAACAGUGCAGAGUAUGUUCUUAUUAUACAUGAUGUUUCCAACAUUUUGCUUCCCACCACUGUCAUCCCCUCCCUUACCACUGCAACAGUCACAGCCACUGUAGCCUUAACAGGCAUAGGCACAGUCACAUCGGCAACAGCCAUCAACACACGAGAUCCCAAUACUUUGGCUGGAAGAAAUGUACCAGAUCAUGCUGUUAUAGGAGGGAUAGUAGCUGUUGUUGUCUUUGUUACAUUAUGCUCUAUAAUUCUUCUUGGUCGAUAUCUGGCAAGACAUAAAGGAACAUAUUUAACAAAUGAAGCUAAGGGAGCUGAAGAUGCACCUGAUGCGGAUACAGCCAUUAUCAAUGCAGAAGGCAGCCAAGUUAAUGCAGAAGAGAAGAAAGAAUAUUUCAUAUAGAUGCAGACUUAGAUUCUUUGAACACCACUACUCACAAGGCUGACUCUUGGAGAAAACUGGCUCUCAUCUUUCUGAAUUAAUUUAUCAUGUCUCCUUUCUACCCUUGUUAAAGUGCAUAAUUGCUCUCAGUUGCCAGUUUGUACCAACAAUCAGCCAUGAACAUAAUUUUUGUUUAAUUAUGAUACCAUUCAUAAUGCAGGACAUUUCUUAUUGCCUAAUCAUCAUAUACAUUGCUCUUUUAACAUACAGUGCUUGAAUAUACAGCCUUAACAAAUUUAAUCAUCAUCUGUUCACAUUUGGUUGUUCUACAUUUUAAAGAAAGUGUUCCUUUUCUUUUCUUUUAAUAUGGUCCUUACCUAUAUUGCAUCAGACCAUUUUCAUAGCAAAUGUUCUUAGGUGAGGACCUAAAUGUACUUACAUAAACCAUUACAAGUAAGAUUAGAGGUUUACAAAGAAUGUUUUAUAUAUCGUCUGUAAUUCAAAAUCAGCCGAGCAUUGAAACAUUAUGCCCUAAGAAACACUAAUGAAAUCAUUCUACUAUAAUUUCUUGUGUGUUUGCAAAUGGCAGCAAAGGAGUAUGAACAGAACUUUUAUUUAAUGAAAUACUGGUAUUAAAAGCAACUUCUGUGUGGUAAUCAACACCAUACACUCCUGUCUACACAGAAUCCAAGGUGAUGGAUUAUGUAGCUCCAUUUUGAAAAUGGUUGUCCAGCUCUUUUACUGCUCCUAGAAUCGUAAAGACUUCCAUAUAUAUUUCUAUAAUUUGUAUUCCUUUUAAUUUAUUUGCUUCAUGUGGGUCUAUCUGCCUACGCAAAUUGAACGUGUUCAUGGGGCAAAACUGCAAGGCAUUUUAAUAUCUGUAUAUAGUGCAUAUAAUAAAUCCAAUUAAACAUUAUUUGAUACAUAUUUAACUUUUGGGGCUGUAGGUAAGUCAGUCACAAGUAAGCAUUUUCUAAUGUCCAUUAUAUCCCUUUAGAUAUAACUUAAAUUAAUAUUCUGAGUAGAUAACAUGUAUUAGUAUUUUUUGUCUGUAUGUCCUAGCACUGUUCAGCAACAAAUUUUUCUAGUUCCAGUUAAUUUCUCUUUGUUAUACAAUGGAAGCACAAUGUUAUAUGGAAAGGUAGUUUUAAGCUAACAACCAGUGCACAGCCUCAGGUUUUGUCUUACAACCACAUUAAUGAUUAAAUAUUAAGUUACUAAAAAAUUCAAUAUAUAAUUUGGCAGUUCCAGAGCUGCUUAUCAAUGUUGGAUUUGCCAAACCCCAAACAGAAAAUGUUACAACAACUCUCUAUGUUUUGUGUAUAUGGUAAAUGACUAAUCCUUUAUAUUAAAUUUCUGUCUAUGCAUUUUGUGAGGUACAAACUUAUGUCACGGUGAAUGAUCAAGAAUAUAUGCCAUGCUUUUAGCUCCACAGUAAAGAUCUCUCUUUGAUAUUAUGUUGAGUAUGGGGCAAAAGGACAGUUUAGAAUAAUAAUAAUUUUUUUAAAAAGUCUAAUCCAAAUAAAAUAUUCCUCUUUCAGACCAAAAAAGGCAACAACAAAUAAAUGAAAAUAAAUGAAAAUAAUCAGAUAAGCUCUUACUUCCUGGUUCCAUGUAAACAUAAUUGACUAAAAUUGUAGAAAUUCUUAUUUAUCUCCAAAGCACUGCAAACUUUUUAAAAAAUAAGACAAAAAAGAGGAAUACAUUUCUAUAUAGAAACUAUUACUGGUGAAGUCUAAAAGCAUAAUGGCCUACUGUAAAGAAUUAAGUCCUGGGCUUUAUUUUUUGUGUGGGGAAUGGAAGGAGGGUGGGUAACAUUUGAAUAUGGCAUCAUGUGUCACAGUCAAUGGAAAUCAAAGGUAUUGUGUCAGAUUAUUUAUCCGAAGGCUAUACACCUUUUAAAGACAAUAGUAGUUUUUAAAUUGUUUUUGUUAGAAGGGGAAAAAAUUACUUUGUUAAUUUCAAUGAGAAAAAAAAAAAAGAACGAGCGAGAGAGAGAGAGACCAUCAAUCAAGCAGCACUUUUUCAAAGUAUACAGAACAUAAAUAAUAUGAUGUGGUUGAGUGUUAACAUAAUAAAUCAUAUACAGUAUGAUAUUUUAAAGAAAUACGUCUGCAUUGAUGUGAUUGCAUGCUUGUUUUUUACAGUUCAUUCAAAAAUCUGUGGAAAAAAUGCAAUAAUAUGAUAAUCUAGUAUGGUAAUUUGAGAGAAUCAGGUAGAAGUACUAGACACAUUGAAGCUAGUAUAGGUUUAUAACAUUAGUCAUGUUUUCAAAAACUGAUUUGUAGAACUAAGGUAAAGGCCAGCAAUGCACUUAAACAUGUGUUGAGGUGCCUUGCUGCAUUAGGAUUAUGUUUACUAAAAUUAUAUGCCUACUGGUGUUAUAUUUACACAUUCAUACGUUUUCUCAAUUCUAUUGUUUAAAUUAUAUAGAAAUACUUUACCUACUUAUUCAUCCCUAUGAAGUAAGAUUUCUUUAGACAUCUUUCAGUGUAAGCAUUUCAAAAUGUUUAGUCAUUGUAGGUUACAGAAAACACUGGAAUUCUGCAACAGAGAUAGGAAUUAGACUGUUAAGUUUUGCUUGUAGUAGAUUAAAAAAAAUCUUUCCUUGCACAUUGAGAUGUACAGCAGGCUAAAAGGCAAUGAGAAAGUCCACCAGAAUGAAAAAUUACUGUCUAUUAUCACUUUCUAAUACCCAGUAAAAUCAGACGUUCUCAAUCUUGUAUUUGAGAGCAAAGGAAGCUUUUGGAACAGAAUAAAAAAUAUACUUUAUUUAAAAUGAUACAUUCCAUAAAUGAGCAAACUUUAAUCUAAGGAUUUUGGCCCUUAAUCUUUCUCUACUUUUCUCUGUUUUAAUAUAUUCAGUCCCAUUUAGAUAAAAUAGCAAUAUUAUAUCAGAUUAUUUUCAAAAAUAAUGCUGACAUUUUUUCUUACCAUUGUUUGAUUUUACAGCAUGAAACCAACUGAGUUUACUUAUCCCAUGUAAAAACUCUUAUAUUUGGAGCUAUAAUUCUAGUAAUGCUGCCUCAUUUUAAUCAGUGUCCUUCAAUUGUGUUGAUUUUGCACUAGCACUUGAGCAGAUCCCAAAUAAUUCUGCUUCCUAUUUCAGUGCCUUUUCUACCAGUACAGUUCAGAAAAACAUGGGAAAAGCCAGGUAGUGAGAGGACAUGGUAGAUUCCAUGUUGGCCAAGAUAUUUGCUCUUAGAUUUGCUCUUAGGUACUUGAUGUACUAAAGCUUCAAUAUAAACCUUUGUUUUCUUAACUAAUUCCCUGGUUGCUGCAUAGCAGAGUAUGUUGUCAGGAUGAUGGAAGCUGUAGGCCAAUGUAUCUGGAAGACUACCAGUUAGAAAAUGGCCUUGUGCAAACUGAAUGUUCAGUGUAAUAGGAUGAAUAAGAGGGACAUAUACAUUUACAAGUUUUACUCAUCCAGGGAGAAAUGCAUGUGUUCAAUACCUUGUAUAAUUUAUAUGAAUAAUAAAGGAAGGUGAUUAUAUCAUUCUAAAUCCACUUUCGGAAAUCCAAGUUUAGAUUAAUACAUUAGAAUAAGACGCUAAAAUUUUAUGAUAAUCUAAUUGCCUGCUUUAUCAUAGAAGACAGGUAUAAAUAAUCAUGAUCUGAAGACAGCAACUAAUGAAAUUUGAACCAAGAAAGUUAGAAUGUAUUUUUGUCAUCAAUCCAGCACAUCAAGUUGUUACUGAUUACUAUUGUUCUCUUUUUCAAUCAUUAUAAUUCAUUAUUUUUUUAAAUAAAAAUAGAAGAUGGCAUCUCAGAAUAUAUGGAUCUGUUAUCUUUCAUUCUGGAAUGCCAUUUGUAAAUUUAAUAGUUUCUAGAACCAUCUUAACCCUAAUCCUAACCAUUUACCUGUUUUUCACAGGGAAACCAUCUUACACUGAAAUUUCCUGUUAUUAAAACCAAAUGUGGAAAAAUCAUAUUACCAAUUAUUCCAGUGAAUUGGAUAUCUUCAGUUAAUUAUUCCCAAUGUAGGCUACCUAUCUGUGAUGAAUCUCUCAGUGAAAAGAAACAAUGGGAGCUUAUAUAAUGUUUUGUUGUAAAAGCAUUGCUUACUAUGUAUUCAUACAUACAUUAGGCAUUUUGAUCAUACAUAUGUUACAUGUGCUUCCAUGUAACAUUGCAGUUACUGUGUAAUUUAGUGCCACUUAUUAUAAAGUGUUACCAAGAGGAAUAUAAAAUUCUUACAUUUAUUAUUCCAUUGAAUAGUGGCAAUUCUAAUCAACUCAAAACAAAACAUUCAAUUACAAAGAAUUAUGGUCACACUAGUUUUCUCCAAAAUGUUCUUAAAUUGUAUCUUCUUAAUCAUUAGAGAUAAUGAUUUAUAAUAAAUGUGAACACUUAUAUAAUAAUAAAUAAGCUACUAAGAAACUAUGUGACUAAGCUUGAAAUAGAAAUUAUCCAAGUAAUGCUUUGAGUUAAGUGGCACAAAGUACAUGCUAAAAACUAUGCAAAAAUAUAGGUGACCACAGUGUACUUACAUGUAAGUAUCUUGUGCUUUCUCUGUAUGGAUAUUGGAAACACAUGUAUUUAUAAUAUGAAUUUUGAUUAUUUUAUAAGGUAGGAGAUAAAAGCUUGCAGUUACAAUCAUGAAUUAUUACAAUACAUGCAAAACUGUCAUCUUUAAAUAUGUAUAUUUCCCCAAUUCUUUAAUUUACUGUGAGUUAUUUUUAAAACCUAACCAUCAAUCCAUUUGGUCUGUUUUCUUAUUUGGGUGUCAUCGGGCUCCUUUCGAAUACCUUUUGAGCACAGACCUCUACCUGCUAAUAUCUUUGCUGCCAGAAAGGUCUCAUAACUGCUUAGAAAUCUAUAUCUAACCCAAACCUGGCAGUUUUUGUCUUCCUUGAGGGAAGGAAGCAUCCUUCCUAGAUGAUGAAACGUUGCCAUUUGCUCUAGUAUUUUUAGUGUGAGCAGUGGAAAGACAGCCAAAGAAAUAACCUGAACCUUAUUUCACCGAAGUAUCUCACCUGGAAUUUCUGCUGUUUAUUUCCCAAUAACCCCAGAUAAUCUUACAUAGUGAGUACAAAAUGCUUCCAUCAAACAGCAGAGAAUGCCUUUUUUCAUUAAGUUAUUUUUUCCCACAAAUAUAAAUUUAUAUAAUAUUGAUCUUUUUAAUUUCAUCAUUUUUUUCUAAUAUGAGCUUCCAAAAGCAUUUAAAGUAAUGAGAUAACAAAACAAAACAAAAAAUCACAGAGAUAUUGUGAAAUUGAACCUCGCAAAGCUUCCAAACUUCAGCCAUAGCUGUCCUUCUCUGAAGCACUAUUACUGCCCAAAGCACUGAAUCACUUAAUCUAUUUUCUGUUGGUCAGUUGUAAUACAUUCCUAAAAUAAAUCUGAGGUUUAAAUUUAUUAUUAUUACUAUUAAUAAUGAUGGUGUUUCUUAAUUUAUUUUUUAACUGUACUUCUAUUGGUAUCUUGAGAUUCUUUAAUCACCUGAAGAUUUUGACUUUGUAGACAUCAGAUUGCAGUAAGUGUGUAUGUAUCUGCUAUGCUUGUAGGACAUAAUGCCUGGGCUAUAGUUUGUAUAAUGGAGAUUUCUGACUGACUUACAUGCAAAGGAUCCCUUAUUGGGUUAUCCAGGUAUCAUAAUCUUGGCAAGAAUCAUUUGAUGGCACUGAUGCACUUUGGGUCUCCAGAUUGCUCAAGAGGAUUGCAUUGAAUCUCCUCACUUUUCACAAUUGAGCCAACUGAGGUAAUGCAUUGUGCCAUUGUUUUAAACAAAAUAUUAAUGUUAUAUUUGUUAAAAUAAUAUCUUAUAUACAUAUUUCAACAUAUAAUUUAUUUGAUUGAAAUUAUUUUACUUUCAGUUAAGAGCUACUCAGCUAACAGCACUAUGAAGCAUUGCAAAUUAUGAAUAAGCUGCUUUAAGGGUCAACACUGAAAGCUUAGGCUGCUAUCUGCUAGUUUCCUCUAGUAAUUUCUAAUAAGAAAUUAAUGGAAUAUUUUCUGCUGUAAGGAAUUCUAGACAGGCAAGCAAUUGCCCUACUGCCUAGUAGGGCUCUGAAAAAUUAGGAAAAAGGAAAAAUAAUCUUGUCUACCAAACUAUCUUCUUUUGGUUAAUUCUAAAGCAGAUACCAACCACAAGCUACCCUAAAUAUGACUACACUUUUGUAAAAAAAAAAAAAAUGCUAUAAUUGAAUGGUUUCAAAUACCUCAAGUAUCAUUAGGUUUCUUUUGUUAAUUCCCUUUACAAUAAGUUUCACUUAAGGUGACAGUUAAGCAAAAUGUAGCUUUUCUGUCCCUUAGAAUAUUUAUAACCCAUCUCCAUGUAUGCAAACGACAGUCUUCUAUAGUUACAUACACUCAAUUCAAUGCUAAGUCAGACUAAACCUUGUUUGACUGUCUUCAUUAUACAUGUACCAAGUCCUGCAUGAAAGUAGAUAGUAUAGAUAUAUUCUACAGACUAAGAAUACAUUAUUAGAGCCACAGGUUCAGUGCUCAGGUUUCUGCUGCAGAUAUCAUGUAAAUCCUCCUAAUGGCCAAUUUUAUCUUAUUUAUUAUCCUAUAGGAAAGUGGUAAUUAGCAGCUGGAUGCACAAAUGCUUGGGCAAGCUAAGUGGAAAAGAGAAAGCUGAAAGGACAUCAAAAUGUUAAGUAUGCUCAGUAUGAAGUACAUAUCACUUAUUCUCAAGAGAUUUGCAGUCCAAUCUGCAUUUGAACAUGCAAACCCAUCUCCAAGUAAUCAGUUUUUGUGCACCAAUUCAUUACUAUAGUGUGCUUCAUUUUGUACAGCAUUUUCAGGAGCCCAAAAUGCGUAGAAAUGUUUUGGGAAAGGUAGGAAUGAUAAUUCAUAGGCAUCUGGAACAAAAACAGGGUAGCAAAGAAACUCCAGAGAAAUAAAGUAGUUUUCCAUAUCUUAGAAUAGAUAAAAUAUGUAGUUAUAAUUAUUCAAUUGUUUACUUUAAAAAUAUCCCAUAUUAUUGGUACUGAUGCUACAAUAGUCACUUGUCAAAACUAUUUCUAUCUCAAGGCUGUGAUAGGUAACAAAUUGUUACAUAUGCAUUUUGAGCAUUCUAGUUUUCAAAAAUUAUAUGUGAAAAUACACGAAACACAGCAAGAAACACAAAUUUUCUAAUCCAAUGUGCAGUGAUUCAUGCAAUAAACAUAUCUUCAUAUAAUUUGCCUGCGAAAUAUGCUCAAGAACCUGCAUGAAAGAAGAUAAUUCCUUAUUGAUAACACUGGUAGUUCUGGCCCCAAUCCUUUAAGUUAGCUGAAGCCAACCUGGCAAAUUCCAGUUGAAUUUAUUAUAACACAGCUAUAGAAACUUUUCAGAUAAAUUAUUUUUACCUUUCGUUUUUUAGAAUGUAGACAAACUGCCCAAUUAACAGGCAUUUUCAUGUGGAUACAGAAAUCAACUUUUUCCAAAAAGAUUUUAUUUUAGCACAAGAUUUACAAUCACUGUACUAAUCACAAAUGCACUAUACAGUAAUAUUUCUUUAUAGUAUUUCAAUCUGAAAAUGUGUCUUAAUUAGAAAAAAUAUUUAUAAAAGAAUGAUGCAUUGAUAAGUAAACUAUAGUAUUUUUUUUAUUCUAGAAACAUAGAUAAAUCAAAUUAUACACUUUCUGUAAGCAUCUGAUUAAUUUAGCAAUAAUAUGUAUAUACUUUAAUUAUAUUUUAUAUAUUUUCUGCAUUUCCAUACUAUAAAGUGCAUGCAUACAUAUACAGAGAUGCCAAAGGACUGCUUUCUUUUGAGGCAAUUUGUACAAAUUCAGCAGAUCCUCAUUUUCUAUUACCAGCCUUACAAUUUUAUAGGUGAGAAAGCAGCACUAUUAAAAACAACAACAACUCUAUGCACUAUAUAGUUUCCCAGCAUUUUAAAUUCAAAAUGCACUUUAUAGUUUCACCAAAAGUUGGGAUGUUCAAAGUCUUUUGCAAUUAUCUCUUCCUUCUUUCAAUCUCUUCUUCUUAAAAACAAAAACCAAAACAAAUCUGAAAAAGGUGUUUUAUGAGUAAAUAAGGUGGUGAAUUCCAUUUGUUCCACUGAAAUAGGUCCACAACUGCCAAGUUAUAAAGUAUUCCCCAUUCAUUUCAUUUUUAGGCUUUCAACUUUGGGGAAUCCACUUCUAAGUUUUCAUUGUUAUAACACAUAAAAUAUUUCUGUCCUAUCUGAUCCAGGACUGCUAGACCAAUGGGACUGGUAAACUCUUUCCCCAGGUUGGUAGCUAACUGAAAAGUGACUACAUUGGCCUAAGAACUACAGUGUAACUGACAUGCAAUUUCAGCUAUGUUUUGGACACUACAUCACUUAAUUCCAUACAGAGGAAUUAAGAAUGCAGCACUGACAAUGGAAGCACAGUUUCUCGUUAUUUCAUAAUUUUUACUGAACAAAAUGCAUAUUGUAAUGUUAAGUACAUGACACUUGCAUGUUGCUAUGCCUAUAUACUUUCAGAGUUUUCAGUGUGUACUUUGUGGCGCUUAAAAUGUCAUGUACAAUUUUUAUCAACAUUCUACAGGGUUCCCAUUUGCACUUCAUAUUUCAGUAAAGUCUUGUCAGAGAAUUGUCUGAAUAUUAUUAAAAUGAAUAAAAUUUCAAUUUUAGUUAUCUGUUGGACAUUA